CCGGCGCCAAGCCCGGAUGCCGACGCCAUACUCGCCGUCGCAACUUACAGCCGCGCCGACUUCGAGCUGCCCGUCGUCUCGGUGUAUCCCAGCCAGCACGAUGCCGUGCGUUCGUCCGUCUUCCAGACCUUUGGCCGGGCUCAGGCGCAGGCGCAGCAGGCCCAGGUCCCAGACGUCGGCCGGCUCAGAUGUCUCCCCUUCGAGAUCGUGUCGCUGAUCUGCCUCUCCCUCGACGUCUCCACGGCGUUCCGGUUCAGCCACGUCAGCUGCACCGCGCGCGAGGUCCUGGCGUCCAUCCGGGAGUUCCGCCAGCUGCGCGCCCACGCGCUCGAGUGUCUCUGCGUGCUUUUGCGUUCCGGUCUCGCGGCCCACAUCGGCGUCUCGGCGCUCUACGCAGCGCUCACGACCCAGAACUGCUCCCUGUGCGGCUCGUUCGGCGGCUUCUUCUUCAUGCCGACCGCUACGCGCUGCUGCCUCGCGUGCGUCGCGUCGGCGCCCACGAUGCGGGUCGGCUACCUGACGCGGCUGGCCGACGCGGUGGGCGUGCCGGCCGGCGAGCUCGAGGGCCAGCUGCCGGUGCUGCGCACGCUGCCGGCCAGCCGGCGGUCGGUCGUGACGGUGCGGCACGCGCUCGGGUCGCUGCGCGAGAAGGGCGUGGGCGCCGGCGAGGCCCAGGCCGCCGCCAGCCGCUGGCCCGACUCGCUGACGCUGCGCUUCCAGGCGGCGACGAGCCUGCCCUGGGUCGACCGCGUGACGGGCGCGGCCGAGGCCGGCGUCUCCUGCAAGGGGUGCCAGCUGGCCUUCGAGUCGGACUACUCCGACGACCACCUGGAGCGCCGCGACCGCUUUUACUCGAGGAGCGGCUUUGUGAAGUACUUUGCGGAGUGCGGGCCGGCCGCGAAGCUGUGGGUCUCGAGUCGGGAGGGCACAGCUCCCGUUGAGGAGCCGCGGUGGGUGGGGCUCGGCCGGAUGUCCACGGCGCCGUGCGUCUCCGUAACCCGCGCCAUCGACGGCACAAAACCAACCGACACGGCGGCAGCUGCGCGAAACAUGAUGCGCUUGCCGGCGCCGGCGCCUUCGCCCGUGCUGGCGCAGCACGCCUGGCCCGUGUGGCUGUUCGGCGGCGACGACGACGGCAACCCGGAAGACGAGCUCCAGAACUGGUCGAGCUUGAUCGGCAUCGUCACGGCCAUCUGCGGCAACACGCUGAUCGCGCUGGCCCUCAAUGUCCAGCGCUACGCCCACCUCCGGCUGCACCGGAAGAGGAUGCAGAUACGCGAGCGGGUGAGGCAGGCUAUGAAGAAUGCCGCGUCGGCGCAGGGCCAUGGAGCGGGGAGGUACGGCGCCGCGACCGCGUCGAACCGGGAUUCCAUCGGGAGUUUGAAUGGGCCGCCGAACGGCAGCAUUACUGGCCGAUACAGCGACGAGGACAUCCGCGACUCGUCCGAAACGGAACCUCUAGCCCAGUCCCUGCUGUCAGACUACCCCAGCGACGACGACACUAGCGACGACCCUGGGACCAAGGCCAAGGCCACCUCGACCUACCUGAAGGACCCCUACUGGUGGCUGGGCCAGGUGCUGAUUACCAUCGGUGAGAUGGGCAACUUCCUGGCCUACGGCUUCGCCCCGGCCUCCAUCGUUAGCCCGCUCGGCGUGGUUGCGCUGAUCGCCAACUGCGUCAUCGCCCCCAUCGUCUUCAAGGAGGUGUUCCGCCAGCGGGACUUCUGGGGCGUCAUCAUCGCCAUUACCGGCGCCGUGACCGUCGUGCUGAGCGCGAACACGGAGGAGACCAAGCUGGGGCCCCACGAGGUCUGGGGCGCCAUCACCACCAUGGAGUUCGAGAUCUACGUGGGCGUCACCUGCGCGCUGAUUGUGCUCCUCAUGUGGCUCAGCCCGCGGUAUGGGAACCGGACCAUCCUGAUCGACCUCGGCCUGGUCGGCUUGUUCGGUGCUUACACGGUCCUUUCGACCAAGGGCGUCUCCUCGAUGCUCUCGUCGACGCUGUUCGGCGCCUUCGCCACUCCCGUCACCUAUGCCCUGGUGUUCAUCCUGCUCUCGACGGCCAUCCUGCAGGUCCGCUACGUCAACAAGGCGCUGCAGCGCUUCGACUCUACCCAGGUCAUCCCCAUCCAGUUCGUCCUCUUUACGCUGUCUGUAAUUAUCGGCAGCGCGGUCCUCUACCGCGACUUCGAGCGCACUACCGCCGAGCAGGCCGUCAAGUUUGUCGGCGGCUGUCUGUUUACCUUCUUUGGCGUCUUCCUCAUCACCAGUGGCCGGCCGCGGCAGGACGACGACGACGAGGUUACGCUGUCGGAUGCCGACGGCGUCGAGGAGACCAUCGGUCUUGCAGAGCAGGACCCCGCCUCGUCACCCGCAACGCCCCGUCAGCCGCGCCGGUCGAGAGGCUCAUCCCAAGCCUCGCGUGUCAGUUUCGGAGACGCACUCAACAGACCGCUGGCAACUGUGUCCGGAGACGGGUUCCCCACCUCGCGCGUUCCGCCAAAGACAGCAGCCGAGACACCGCUGCUUAUCGUCCAGGCCGAAGGGGACGACAAUAACGAGGGCUCCUCCCUCCUCGAAAACCCCUGGAACGAC